AACUCACAGAGCAGGAAUAUUUUAACAGUAAAAUACUGAAGUAUAAAGCAAAAGUUUGUGUUGCUGCGUUAUGUUGCGUUGUUGUGUUAUUAUGUUGUUUGUGUUGUGUUAUUAUGUUGUGUGUUUGUGUUACUGUGUGUGUUUGUGUUAUUAUGUUGUGUUGUUUUGACAUUAUGUUGUGUGUUUGUGUCGUUCUGUGUUUGUUUCUGUGUGCAUUUGUGUUAUUGUGUUAUGUUGUUGUGUUACUGUGUGUUUGUGUUAUGUUGUGUGUUGUUAUUAUGUUGUGUUUGUGUUAUUGUGUGUUUGUGUUAUGUUGUGUGCUUGUGUUACUGUGUGUUUGUGUUAUUGUUGUGUUAUUAUGUUGUGUUACUGUGUGUUUGUGUUAUAUUGUUACUGUGUGUUUAUGUUAUCAUGUUGUGUUUGUGUUAUUGUGUUAUUAUGUUGUGUUACUGUGUGUUUGUAUUAUGUUGUUACUGUGUGUGUUUGUGUUAUUAUGUUGUGUGUUUGUGUUGUUUUGUUAUGUUGUGUGAUUGUGUUGUGUGUUUGGGGUUUUGUGUUUUUGCUAUGUGUUUGUGUUACUUUGUGUGUUUGUGUUAUUGUUGUUAUUAUGUUGUGUUACUGUGUGUGUUUGUGUUGUUGUGUUAUUAUGUUGUGUGUUUGUGUUACUGAGUGUGUUUGUAUUGUUGUUGUGUUAUUAUGUUGUGUUACUGUGUGUGUUUGUGUUACUAUGUUGUGUUACUGUGUGUUUGUGUUAUUAUGUUGUGUUAGUGUUACUGUGUGUGUUUGUGGGUCCGUCUCGCGGCCAAGAGGCCCCUGCUGUCCCCGGACCGCUCUCUGCGCAUGCUCCAUGCGGCGGCUCUCAGCACAUUGAAGUGUCGGAAGUUUAGCGGAGUUUUAGCCGACUAGCAGCAGAACGACGCUCCGAGCGAACAAACUCGUUUUUUUUAGCCGCAAAAAGUGCGUUUGGACGGAACUUCGCAGCCCGCAUUGAAGCCCGGAGGCCCGUCGAUGGAUUUAGGCCGUUUCCCGCUGUUGAAUCUGCACAAACGGGAGCGUUAGCGGCGUUUGAAAGAAGUUGUGAUUGUUUUUUUGGCGCUCUGGCGGCGCAGAGGAAAGAUGGAGGAUCUGCGGCUGUAGCAGCGGCUAACGCUAGCUGGACCGCCGCUCCACUGGCACCACCGUCCGUGGAGGAAUCCCAGCCGCUCCGCCGCUCUGAGGACGUCCCGAAACUUUGGAUGGUUUGAUCGAACGCGCUAUCGGAGCCCGAUCUGCUGUUUAUGUCCAGGACCUCUAAAUAAUGAGAGUCCUUCAGGCUCUGAGGAUGGAAGCAACACUACUGGAGGAAGGAUCUAGACAUCGGAUGGUGCUCUGAAGAAGCCAUGGGUAGCUGCUUAAGCUGUCCAGAGAAAGAGUCAAUUCCAGAUAAUCAUCAGAGUAAAUUCAAGGUGAUCAAUGUGGACGACGAUGGGAAUGAGCUGGGUUCAGGUGUGAUGGAGCUGACCGACGCCGAGCUCGUCCUCCACACCCAUCGCCGUGACGACGUCAGGUGGCCUUACCUGUGCCUGCGGCGCUAUGGCUAUGACUCCAACCUGUUCUCCUUCGAGAGCGGCCGCCGCUGCCAGACGGGACAAGGUAUUUUUGCCUUUAAAUGUUCCCGAGCUGAGGAGAUCUUCAACAUGCUGCAGGAGGUGAUGCACAGCCACAGCAUCAGCGUGGUGGAGGAGGCAGUGCUGGAGCCCAACCACCAGGGGGCGCUCACUCCUGCAGCUCUCGGGUACUCGGUGCCCACGGUGCCAAACGGGGUGAGCAGGAUUCCCUCUGUGGGGGAGGCUCCGUCUCACCCGUCCACCCGUCACCCGUCAGUAGCCAGCACCAGGCUGCCAUCUGUGGGUGAGGACUCUACUCACCCCCUGCUGGUGGCCGACGAAGCGGUCCAUACCUAUGUGAACACCACGGGGCUCCUGGAGGAGCCCAGUCCUCUGGCGGCUCCGACCCCCCUGGAGAGCCCCUCCUCCCCCCAGCCUCAGUGCCCCCCGACCCCCCCUCCUCCCCCGAGGACCCGGGCGGAGCCUCAGGUGGCCCCGCCCCUUGCGGUGGAGCCUCAGGUGGUCCUGGAGCCGGUGGGCGUCCGCUUCGUUCUGGGUCCGACCCCGGUCCAGAGGCAGCUGAUGGAGAAGCGGCAGCAGGAGCAGCGGGAGGCCGAGGGGCCCCGAGAGACUAACGGACACGCCGAGCCGGGCCCCGCCCACUCUAACAGCUCCUCCCAUCCACCCAUGGCCCCCCGCCGCCACCGCCCGCCCCCCCUCACCCCCGACCUGCAGAAUGUCAACAACUCGGCCCAGCGGCGCACCGCCCUGCUGGACUACGAGAACCUGCCGGCGCUGCCCCCAGUGUGGGAGGCCCGGAAGGCGAGCAGCGAGGACGAGGACAACCCGAAGACGGCGUCCCUGAACGGCUACGGCCACCACGGCCCGCUACAGCACUCCUACUCCCACCCGCUGUCCGCCGCCCUGGAGCCCUUGCACAACUACGUGAACACGGAGAACGUGACGGCGCCGCUGAGCGCCCAGCGGCCCGACACGGCCCGGCGCCGCGCCGACGGACCCACCGUCUUCAACUUCGACUUUCGCCGGCCGCCGUUGCCGGGCCUCAACGAGCCACCCAAAACCCUCAACUACAUCGAGGUGGAGAUGGACGGCGGCGCCGGGACCAGGGGCGCCUCGGACGGCAGCAACCCCCACACGCCCCGCACCCCCACCUCUCCGCUGCCGCCUACCACGCCCACCCGCCGCACCGAACUCUAUGCCCUCAUCGACAUCGAGCGCACUGCCGCCAUGUCCAACCUGCAGAAGGCGCGGCCGCGGGACGACGGCACGUCACGCAAGACCCGACAUAACAGCACCGAGCUGCCCACCAAGAGCACCGUGUGACCCCGCACGGACCAAUGGGGCGGGACAAAGACUGGUGUGGCUCACCUGAGCAGGUGAGCUGCAGACGGACCUGGACUGUAUCAGGACGGACUGCUUUCUUAUAUGGUACAAAUCAGUAUUACUGAACAAAGCAUUCCAUUUAGCCUUUUAUAUGAGUCACUAUGUGCUGCUGUAACUCACCAUGUUCCAACAUGUACAGUAGAUCUGGCACAAUAAAUGUGUUUCUAUUUGUA